AUGAGCUUCAGUGCUCUUGGCCCCGUGGAGGCCAUGCAGCGGCACCCCGUGAUGGUGUACGUGCACGGAGAGUCCUUCGAGUGGAACUCCGGCAACCCUUACGACGGCAGCGUCCUCGCCAGCUACGCCGACCUUGUCGUCGUCACGCUCAACUACCGCCUCGGCAUCCUGGGGUUCCUGAACGCGAACCUGGCGCCGCACCUAAAGGCGCGGGUGGCGAACUACGGCCUGAUGGACCAGAUCGCGGCGCUGCACUGGGUGCAGCAGAACAUCGCGCACUUUGGCGGCGACCCCUCCAACGUGACGCUGUUUGGCCACGGGACCGGAGCCGCCUGCAUCAACUUCCUCAUGACGUCCCCCACCGUAAUGCCAGGGCUGUUCCACCGGGCGGUGCUGCUGUCCGGGUCUGCGCUGAGUAGCUGGGCGCUCGUCGAGGACCCGGUCAGCUUCGCCGUGCGCCUGGCGCGCCAGACCAACUGCUCCGUGCCCGCCGACCUCUUCCGCGACCACGAGAGGGUCGUCGACUGCCUCAGGGAGGUGCCGCUGGAGGAACUGCUGCGCGCGGACGUGUCGCCGCCGGCCUACCUGAGCGCCUUCGGGCCCAGCGUCGACGGCGUCGUCAUUCGGUCCGACCUGCCCCGCGAGCUGCUGUCGCGGUUCGGGCCUGGAGACCCCAUGGCUCCCGGCGGGCCCGGCGGAGGGAACGUCAAGCGCAGUGGAGACGCCACGCUGGCCGCGAUGGGCAGCAGUUGGAGCGGAGCCACGAGGUACGACGUGCUGUUCGGCGUGGUGACGAGCGAGGCGCUGUGGAGGUUCUCCGCCGCCGACGUGACGGCGGGCUUCGAGGGCGAGCGCCGCGACAAGAUCCUGCGGACGUACGUGCGCAACGCGUACACGUACCACCUGUCGGAGAUCCUGGUGACGGUGGUGAACGAGUACACCGACUGGGAGCGCACCGUGCAGCACCCCAUCAACACGCGCGACGCCACCGUCGCGGCGCUGAGCGACGCGCAGUUCGUGGCGCCGCUCGUGCAGGCGGGAGACCUCAUCAGCUACCGCAGCGUCGCCUCGCCCGGCCAGGCGGGCCAGAACAAGGCCUUCUUCUACGUCUUCGACUACCAGACCAAGGACGGCGACUACCCGCAGAGGAUGGGCACGGUACACGGGGAGGAGCUGCCGUACAUUUUUGGAGCGCCGCUCGUCGACGGCUUCAACCACUUCCCGCGCAACUACACCAAGUCUGAGGUGGGCCUGUCGGAGGCCGUCAUCGUCUACCUCAGCAACUUCGCCAGAACCGGGAAUCCGAACGAGCAUCAGAAGCAGGAGCCGGUUUUGGCGGGCUCCAAAGAGCGGAAUCGUUUCCGAAGCAUCGUCUGGGACGAGUACGACGCCGUGCAUCAGAAGUACCUGGAAAUCAGUAUGAAACCGCGCAUGAAGAACCACUUCCGCGCGCACCAGCUGUCGGUGUGGCUGCGUCUGAUCCCGGAGCUGCACCGCGCGGGCAUGGAGGACGUGGUGGCUCGUCACAACCUGUUCCGCAACCACAACGACGUCGACCUGUACGACGGACCCGUGCGGCCGGACCCGCUGUCGCGCGCCUACGGCUCCUACGACACCAUCGUGGCUGCCGCCGACGGCCGGGCUCGCAACGGCUCCAGUCUCGAGGUGUCUGUCACGACGAUGGACACACUGAUGACGACGUGCGUGACAGUGGUGGGCGGCGGUGGUGGCGGCAGCUACCAGCAGCAGCAGCAGGCGACCCACCACCUGCAGCAGGGCAACUCGACCGGAGACACGCUGGCCAGCUUGGAAGCGGCCGGUUACGCCGCCUACUCCACCGCCCUCAGCGUCACCAUCGCGAUCGGCUGCUCGCUGCUCAUUCUCAACGUGCUCAUCUUCGCCGGCGUCUACUACCAGCGCGACAAGACGCGCCUGGAGGUUAAGUCGCUGCAGCAGCAGCAGCAGCAACAGCAGCAGCAACAGCAGCAGGCGCAGUCGCCGGGCGGCCAGCUGGGGCGCGUGCCCUCGGCGGGCAGCUUCGACACGCUGUCGGGGAAGCACCGCGCCCAGGGCCACUACCACGUCGGCCACUCGGGCAGCUCGAGCGUCGUGGUGGACGUAGAGCAGGACACGGCCGCAAUGAUGCUGGCGCAGAGCAUGCCGCUGGCCACGUCGCCGUCCCACCACACGCUCACCAAGCAGCACCUGUCGGCGCCCGCGCCCAACGUGCUGCCCAACUUGCUCAAGGCGCCGCCGCCCUCGCCCAACGUCGCCCAGCAACAGCAGCAGCAGCAGCAGCAGCAGCUGCCGCCCAUGCACCAGCAGCAGAUGCAGCCGCAGCAACAGGGCGGCCAACAUAUCACGCAAAUGGGCAAUAACGUGGCGCCGCUGCCCACCGGCGAGUCGGUGUCGUCGGCGUCGCCGCCCAACGGGUCUGCGACGAUGCACCUGUCGGUGCCGCGGCCGCCGCCGCCCCCGCGCAGCAAGAGUCCGCCCGAGGCGCAGCCGCUGCUGGCGGCGCCGCACCACCACCAGCACCAGCAAUCCAAAGAAAACCACCGGGCCAAGCUUGCUGCCGUGUGGAAGAAAGAGACUCAAGAAACUAGCAGUAAGGUUCUUCAAGAUGCUUGCCUCCAAGAUUCGACGCGGCUAGUACCAGAGAAAAUGCACAGGCUAAGGAAAGGAGAAGAUUCAACAUCUAAAAUAUUCUCAGUGAUAUAUUCUGCUGAGGAAGAUGAUAAAAAAGUUCAACAAGGCGAGCCGGCCGCGUGCCACGCCGGAGCCUGCUUGCGGGCUGGAUGGAUGCCCGCCACGGUGACGGAGCGGCCCUCUCUGGGCCGGGGCAGAGCCGCGCUGGUGAUUUAUCGCCCGCUCUCGGCCGCGCCGUACCGCACACAGCCGAGGCGGCCGGGCGCGCAGUGA